UUAGAAUCGUUGCGGUGUUGUGACCUACUUUUCUUCUCUCUAGUUCGUUGUUAGAGAAAAAAUGAAAAUAGCAACAAUUUUUCCCAUUUCCUUCAUUUGAAAAAAGGGAGUGCGGUCUCUUAGGAUUGGAUGUCUUUUUUAAGACAAAACAAAAAAUUGGUGCCUUUGUGGACAUAAAUUAAUAAAAAGAAAUAAAUAUUAAUUUCAAUGUAAAUUAAUAAUAAUAUGGAUAAACACAGUUUUAAGUUUUAAAAAAAAAUAUAACAUUCUUCUUCCAUACGUAAUGAAAGUUAAACUCCAAUUCAUUUAAACAAAAAAGCUACUAUUUAUAUGCCUAUUUUGUGGAGAAAAAUUUGAUUUUUUAAUGUCCAUUUCCAAGGAUCUUCAUCUUUAAUAUCACUCAGUCAUAAUCGAGAAUAAAUCGUAAAUCUACAUUUAACUGAUUUGCCCUCCAAACAAGACAAUACAAAAAAUUCAACAACAUAAAAAUUGCGAUAAGAUCUCAACACUUAAAAAAUGUUGGAGCUGAAAAAAUGUGGAUCUUGUAAGCUGUUUUUUUAUUUUAUAUGGACCGGAAACAAUUAAAUGUUUCACGACAUAGCGUUAUACAUAUUGAAAUAAAGUCAAUUCAAAUUUGUCUAUCCAGUCGAUUAUAUUGGCCUGAAGCAGAAAAUUAAUUGCUUAAAAGAGUGAACAGAUGGAGACGGGAAACUUACCGUAGCUGCAUUUUAAAAUUAUACCAUUGAAAAUUUAUAGAUACUAGAGAGCAAUAGUUUCGUCAAGCUAUAUUUUCGUUAAAUAAAUUAUUUGCAUACAAUUGCUUGAGAUCAAUAAUGGCAGUAAAAAGUAAAGCCUUAACGACCAGUCCCCUAAUACUUCUAUUUUUACUAAGAAUUUCUUUAGUAAACGGAGUAAUUGAUCGUCUAGUGGUUCAAACUACCAGCGGUCCUGUUCGAGGUAGGUCUAUAACGGUGCAAGGAAGGGAAGUACACGUUUAUACGGGAAUACCCUACGCAAAGUCACCAGUAGAUGAUCUUCGUUUCCGGAAACCCGUGCCGACGGAGCCUUGGCAUGGGGUAUUAGAUGCCACAAGAUUGCCAGCUACCUGUGUUCAGGAACGAUAUGAGUACUUCCCUGGAUUUUCGGGAGAAGAAAUUUGGAAUCCAAACACGAACGUGUCUGAAGAUUGUUUGUAUAUUAACGUGUGGGCUCCAGCAAAAGCUCGAUUACGACAUGGACGAGGUGCUAAUGUUGGUGAGCACUUAUACAAACCUGAUGAGCACAGCCAAAAUCAUCAAAAUUUUAGCGGAAUACCCAUGCUGAUUUGGAUAUAUGGCGGUGGUUUUAUGACUGGCUCAGCUACGCUUGAUAUUUACAAUGCAGAUAUUAUGUCUGCCGUGGGCAAUGUUAUUGUGGCAUCAUUCCAAUACAGAGUUGGAGCAUUUGGGUUUUUGCAUUUAGCCCCAGAAAUGCCUGGCUAUGAAGACGAAGCUCCUGGCAAUGUUGGUCUCUGGGAUCAAGCACUGGCCAUACGAUGGUUAAAGGAAAACGCAAAAGCCUUUGGUGGAAAUCCUGAUUGGCUUACACUUUUUGGUGAAUCAGCUGGAUCAAGCUCAGUAAAUGCACAGCUUAUGUCACCAGUUACAAAGGGCAUAGUCAAGCGUGGAAUGAUGCAAUCUGGUACCAUGAAUGCUCCAUGGAGUCAUAUGACUUCCGAGAAAGCUGUUGAAAUAGGAAAAGCUUUAAUAAAUGAUUGUAACUGCAAUGUUUCUAUGUUGACGGAAUCUCCUUUAACUGUUAUGGCAUGUAUGAGGGCCGUGGAUGCUAAGACUAUUUCUGUCCAGCAGUGGAACUCAUAUUCCGGAAUAUUAAGUUUUCCAUCAGCACCAACUGUCGACGGAGCGUUUUUACCAGCUGAUCCAAUGACAUUAUUAAAAACAACUAAUCUUGAGGGGUUUGAUAUUAUGAUGGGCAAUGUCCGAGAUGAAGGAACAUAUUUUCUCCUCUAUGAUUUCAUCGACUACUUUGAUAAGGAUGAAGCAACAAAUUUACCACGGGAUAAAUAUUUGGAGAUAAUGAAUACAAUUUUCAGUAAAGUCACUCAGCAGGAAAAGGAAGCGAUAAUUUUUCAGUACACGAGCUGGGAUGGCGACAAUCAAGGAUAUGAAAACCAGCAUCAGAUAGGCCGAGCUGUUGGAGACCAUUUCUUUACUUGCCCAACAAAUGAGUAUGCUCAAGCGUUGGCUGAACGAGGUGCUUCCGUUCAUUAUUACUUCUUUACGCACAGAACCAGUACUUCAUUAUGGGGAGAAUGGAUGGGUGUUCUGCAUGGAGAUGAAAUUGAAUAUUUUUUCGGGCAGCCAUUAAACCUAUCACUUCAAUACAGACAAGUUGAGAGAGACCUUGGAAAACGAAUGUUGAAUUCAGUUAUUGAAUUUGCUAAGAGCGGGAAUCCUUCAAUAGAUGGUGAAGAUUGGCCACUUUAUACUAAGGAAGAUCCGGUGUACUACAUUUUUGAGGCAGAUGAUGAUAGUAACAUGAAAAGAGAAAAACUAGGCCGUGGUCCGAUGGCAUCUAGAUGUGCUUUCUGGAAUGAGUAUCUGCCAAAAGUUCGCAGUUGGACAGGUUGCGAUGACGCUGAAAAAUUCAAUAAGAUAUCAUCAUCAUCAGGAAUUAUUCUAGGAAACCACGGGAUCAUAUUAACUACGCUUAUAUAUACAAGUAUUAUUAGCUUUACGAAUUAAAAACAAAAUAAUUUAAAUAUUAGAUUUAUAAAUACAAAUAGCAUAGCAAAAAAUAAAACACAAAUUUCCACAACACACAAUAUAGAACAAAUAAUUGUGAACGAGCAAUUUGAAUGCUUUAAAUUAAAUAGAAAUUUUAUUUUAUACUAUCAAAAGAUUGUGAAAACUACAUUAAAUACAUCUAAAUCAAUUUGAUAAUGGAUCACUCUUUCCAAAAACAUAAUACAAAAUGAAAGAAUAACUUUAAACAAGAAUUUUAAUAAGAAAACACGUUAUUAAUUAAUUAAACGAAAUGAGUUUAGAACCUUUAAAAAUGAUACCAGUUUAUUAAAAUUAAAUAAAUAAGUAAUAAGCAAAACGAAUUAGAAUUUUAAAUCAUUGAAUUGGAAUUUUACAACCAUUAUAUAAUUAAAACCAAACAUAAUCUAAAAUACAAUAGUAUUGGUACAAUGAAUUACUUUAUUUUCCAUUGAAAAAAUUCAGAAUAUGUUUUAUAUAGGUAAAUAUGUAUUUUUAAGGCUUUUGUAAUCUGAAUUAUGUAUCUUCGAGUGACAGACAGUGUUUAAAUAAAUUGAAUUACAAUAAUUUA